GAAAUGCAGCUGAGAUCGUUCAUGUGCAUGCCUGAAAAACAUCUGGAUUUUGGCUUGAGGGUGUCGAAGUCUUAAUGACUUGAUGAAGAAUGAGAUCUUUUGCUGAAGGAAGUCUGUCAUGAAUUCUGAGCUAACUGGCAGGGGAUGGAGAGGAAGAUGAGAUAAGCAGAUGAUGUUUAUACAGUUCUUUGGUGUUACUCUGUGGAUGUGAGCAGCCUGCACAGUCACUCCCUGCUGAAGCUGAUGGAACCUGGCCAGCCAGCAGCCAACACAACAUUUGCUGCUACCUGAUAGAAGCCAUCCUGCUGAGAGAUGCAGGACAGAGCCGUGGAGAUCACAGCUGUAGGAGCAAGAUAGAGCAUGGAAGAAAGCAAGGCGGGCUCAAACACUGAGCAGUUGUGGAUCUUUAGAACCCAGCUCUCCCACAAUGGCAUUUUCUCAUUUUUAUUCCAGCAACUGACAUCACAAGGCAUGCUUUUUCUAGAAGUCUCUCAUGUCUAAACCCUUCCAGAUAUUAACAGAUGGCUAUAUUUCUGCAAAACAAGGCAGAAUUCCUGGAGAUUUGUAAGGCUACAUUCCAUAUGCAGAGCCCUAGUGUUUUAUGAGGCUUUAGUGCAAGUUGUAGCAAAAUGGUCUGAGUUAGUAGGUUUCCAACUCUGAAGUCUGUCUUUUGUCCUGCACUGAUACUUCUUGAAGAAGAAAGCAGUCUCAGAUAUUUCUAAAUGUUGCAAUACAUGCAGAAAUAUUUUUCUUUCUCAGCUGAAGAAGAUAAUCACAUUUUAUCGAAACUAAAAUCUAUUUAAAAUGCCUAGGUGAAAAUCUUUCUGAAGCAGUGUUUCUCUAGUUACUGGGAAUAUGUCCAGCAGUUUCCUGUGAGGGUGAAGCCGUCCAGCCAUCAGCCAGAGGGGUUUUUCCGUCUCCCUCCUGUGCCGUGUUCAGCGGUGCACAGGACACGAUGGAGACGAGCCUGGCAAUUACCCCCAGCAGGUGCUGUCACCGACCUGUCAAAGAGGAAAAGCAAGCUGAGUGAUCCGCUGCCUGCAGAGCUGCCCUCGCGAGCGCCCCGCUAAGCACCGCUGGGGCGGGUUCCCCGGGGCCGGGUGCGGUGACUGCAGCCCCGUCGGAGGAGCCGCUUUCCCGGCCCGCCCAGCUCCGCCUGCCCCGUGCCCGUUUGGAGGGGCCGGGCCGGGCCCUGCCCACCGCAGCCCUUCCCCGGCGGGCCGCGUGGGGGCGCUCCCUCCCUACGCUACGGGCCCCCCCGCUCCCCGCAGGAAUGGUUUGGCCUCCCCUCUGUGCCCGCUUGGCCACUCCCACUCCGAGCGGCUCCGGGGGGAGCGGGCGGAGCGACGCGAGUCACGUGACUCGGCGGGGCCGGGGUCGGGGUCGGGGCCAUGUCGCGGCCGGAGCAGGGCCCGGAGCCGGGGGCCGGGCCGGGCGGUGCCGAGGCGGCUGCGGAGGAUGCGGAGCCUGCGGAGCCAGAGAGUCCCGACCAGUGCCUGGCGCUGCUGCCUUGGGACCGCUUCUCAGCCUGGCUGCACUGCGUGUGCGUGGUGGGCUUCGACCUGGAGCUGGGCCAGGCCGUGGAGAUUCUAAUUCGGGUUGUCUUGGGGACACACAAUUUUGUUUUAGAUUCCGACGGUCUCCUGGAAGGAAAGUCUCAUUGUGUUGUUUUCUGGACCAAUUGGAUAGAGAUCUACCAGUUUACUUAAAGAGAGAUUCAGCAUAUUACUAUGGCUAUGUGUAUUUCAGACAAGUUCGAGACAAAUCAUUAAAAAGAGGCUAUUUCCAGAAGUCACUGGUCCUGAUCAGCAAGCUGCCUUAUGUCCAUCUCUUUCGUACCAUGCUGAAGCAAAUGGCACCAGAAUAUUUUGAAAAAAGUGAAGCUUUCCUGGAAGCAGUUUGUAGUGACAUUGAUCAUUGGCCACCACCAGUUCCAGGGAAAGUUCUGCAGUUACCUAUUAUGGGUUUUAUAAUGAAGUUGCGGAUUCCAACAUAUCGUGACAAGCCUGGAACAACACCGAUAGUACAGAAUAUGCACCAGGCAGAUGCUCAGAUCUCCAUGGCUUUACCGACUGUUCAUGAAGUAGAUCUUUUCAGGUGUUUCUGUCCAGUGUUCUUUCACAUUCAGAUGCUUUGGGAGCUGGUGCUGCUGGGAGAACCACUUGUUGUGAUGGCACCAUCACCAGCAGAGUCUUCAGAAACUGUGUUGGCUCUUGUUAGCUGUAUUUCACCCCUGAAAUACUGCAGUGAUUUCAGGCCAUACUUCACCAUCCAUGACAGUGAAUUCAAAGAAUACACAACUCGCACACAAGCCCCGCCAUCUGUCAUUCUAGGGGUGACAAAUCCUUUUUUUGCUAAAACACUUCAGCACUGGCCUCACAUUAUCCGAAUUGGAGAUAUCAAACUUCCAGGUGAAGUUCCAAAGCAGGUGAAAGUGAAAAAACUGAAGAACCUAAAAACUUUGGACUCCAAACCUGGUGUUUAUACUUCUUACAAGCCAUACUUGAACAAAGAUGAAGAAAUCGUUAAGCAGUUGCAAAAGGGAGUACAACAGAAACGACCUACAGAAGCCCAGAGUGUGAUACUUCGGCGAUAUUUCUUGGAAUUGACGGAAAGUUUCAUUAUUCCAUUAGAACGUUAUGUGGCAAGCCUAAUGCCUUUGCAGAAGUGCAUAUCACCCUGGAAGAGUCCACCACAGCUGAGGCAGUUUAGCCAGGAUGACUUCAUGAAGACAUUGGAAAAAGCAGGACCACAGCUCACCUCAGGUUUAAAGGGAGAUUGGAUAGGACUUUACAGGCAUUUUUUGAAAUCACCAAACUUUGAUGGUUGGUUUAGGAGCCGGCAGAAAGAAAUGACACAGAAGUUAGAGGCCCUUCAUUUAGAAGCACUCUGUAAUGAGAACUUGGUUUUCUGGAGUCAGAAGCACACUGAGGUAGAAACGGUGGAUCUUGUCUUAAAGUUAAAAAAUAAACUGUUGCAGGCUGACAGAGAACAUCUUCCAGUGAAAACUGACACGCUGAAAAAGCUGCAGACACACAUCAAUGAUAUUAUACUGGCACUGCCAGAUGACUUACAGGACAUCUUGCUCAAAACUGGCACAACAUGACUUCUGGGCUUUUUUGGUGCUGAAGACCAAAAGGCAAGUAGUCUCACAGAAGACAGUGGCUUACUAAGUUUGGAUCACAGCUCUAAACCAGUACAUUAACACUACAAAUGGACUGUACUAAUAGUAUAGCCCACUAUAUAAUUUUCACUGUUUUUUCCACUUCAAUGCCAAUGCAACUAAAGGGAUUCUUGUGUCUAAUACUUCUUGAAAUAAGUGCUCUUAAAGAAUAAUCUGUGGACAUGCGAAGCUGUGCCACAGUAGAGGACUACAGUGCAGUGCUGGCAUUGCAGAAUGUUUUCCAAUUGGUGCUGCUAUACCAGUCCUACUCAGGGGUAGGCAAUAUUGAUCCUGUACUGUCCUGUUGAUGUAGUAUCUGAUUCUUUUUCUUUGUUUUUUACUUUUAGUUUUUAGCUAGUGCUAAGUCCAACUGACAUAUUGGUGGUGCCUUAUAACUGAGGUAUUCUACUGGUAAAUCACAGCUUUUAAAACUGUUUCAGGAAUUACUGAAAUGAUCAAAAUCCAUUCUUUCUGCAUUUCUCCUCCUUACCAUCUUUUCAAAAUGAUACUGAUUUAGCAUCUUUAAAGAAGAGAAGGCAGCUGACAAAAAUUUCCUGAAGAGAAGUCUCUUCCACUCAGUGUCAGUUAUCAGGGUGCUCUUAGAUGCCUUAAACUAAUUAUAUACUAAUUUUUGGUUUUAAACUGCUGAUAGCCAGGAUUUCAACUGGACCACUCAUACAAAUGUAAGCAUGCAGUGUUUAUCACAGGAAAUAAACACUGUGGUGUUCUAAUAGGGAUUUUAAAAUCGGUGAUUUCAGUAGAGUUAGCAGACACAGACUGUUUCAGUUGGAGAUCAUACCAGUCAGUUCCUGUUAGAGUUUUUAACUUGAUUAUUUUUGACUUACCCAGUCAGAUGUUUGAGGUGAUGAGGCUGGAGCAAGAAAAUGUUGGCUUCAGCUGAAAAAAAGCCUCUGGACAGGUCAGACUGGCAAAAAAAGAUUGUAGCAUGAAAUUAUUCUCAGUAUGUGCAUACAGCAGACAUGCAUAAGGACUACCUUCCUCUUGCAUAUUAAGCAACAAGAAUGGGAUGUUUUAUCUUCUUGAACAAGUUUCAGUGGUAUAUAAGAACUCAGCUGCUCCACAUGCAGUGUUGUACUUUGACCAGUUUCAAGUAGAGUAAACAUAAUGCUAUAGUGUAUACACAGGAUAUACUUUUAUAUGUCAAGUGGAUCACAGUUACUAAAAAAAACCCACUCUGCUUUUAAGUACUUGGAUAGAAUUUUUUAAAAUCUUGUGACAUAAUUCUGCUAUAAGAAUAUGCUUUUGUAUAACAAAUACUUCAUACCAUCUUUCUAAAAAUGUCUUAUUUAGAUAAAAAGUGUCACAACAGUAUUUUUAUGAAAAUAAUGUAUUUUAAUACUGUUUUGUUUUCUAUACAAUUACUCAUGGCCGAAAGUUUAAUGUAUCUAUUAUGUUACUGAAACUAUACCACUUCAGCAUUAAUUGCUAACUUGCAAAUUUUUUUUUUUUUUUGCACGCCCUGAUGAAAAGCAUUUCUAAUCCAGAAAUUAAGUGGCCAAUCAUACCCUAAAUUAUCUUAACUAUUUAAUCUGGAGCACUGUCAUUUCUUGGGACCAUGUAAACUGGUAACAACUAUGAUAACUAGCACAUGACUGCAAAAAACAUAUUUUUUUAAACAAAAAUAAAGAGUUUGAUUUUUA